GACGUGAGUGUAGUAUGAAGUAUAAAGUACGGAUGUUUGGAUGGAACAGUGAGCAAAGAUGCGCUACGGGAUGAAUGGACGUUUCAGUGUGAUCCACACGUCGCUAGUUUGCUAGCCUUUAUGUGAAUCAUUGAGCUGUCAUGUUUGUCGUCCACUUUGACGAUGCGCUUAGGAGCCUUUUGUUAAAGACGUCAUACGUCAUUAACAUCACGCUGAAACAUGUAAAGCGUGCUCGUGCUAAGUAUUAAGUAUUGUAAGCUACAUAUUGAUUUGGAUGAUUUCCAACCAAAUGGAUGAUGUCGCCAUGAGUGAGUCAGAGGAGAGGAGUGAAAUGAAGAAUGAAGAGCAGCCUCGCACUGCUGACAGCACGGAGAUGAGUUUAAUAGGUGAGAUUGGUGCAGUGGAAGAAAAGGAUCGUGGGUCCAGAUCCAAGUUAAUGUCAUGGAUAGCGGCCCAUUGUCAAGUUAUUUGGCGCUUGAUGGGAUUCUUCAUGCUCCUCCUCUGUUUGCUGGCUGCCAUCUUUGUCAUCAACUCCCAGCUAGAUGAGCUCAUGGAUGAGCUGAUCAUCACACAGAAAGAUCUGGAGCAGCAAAUCGCCGUGAUGCUGAUGAAGAUGGAUGAGUUGCAAAAGGCGCAUCAGGAGCUGAAGCAACGUCUGGCAUCCACAGAUAGCAGACAGGACAAUCUGAACCAAGUCUGGCUUGAGCAGCGACAUUUGAACACAACUCUGAACACCAUGCUGAUGGAGCUGAACAAUUUCACGCUCUUGGCAGGCGAACUAGCCCAAUGUUCGGCUCUAUUGCAAAGCUGUGAGGGCAUCAAGGAAAAUGUCACGAAGAUGACUGCAUCUGUCAAUUCCCACGUGGAAGAGACUAAAAGAGAAGGAUGCUGCGGUAGUAUGUCACAAACACUACACACACUGCAGCAGGAGACAGAUCAAUUAACAGAGGAUCUCAGCACCUUAACAGCUCAACAAACAAAGCACUACGAACUGCUCUGCAUCAUAGUUCAUAAAGAUAAUCUGACUGACACGUUACGCCAAGAGAUCAACUGCUGCGACCGCGGCUGGGAACCCCACUCCUCACAUUGCUACUACUUGUCUGACAAGAAAGUAAAUCAGGAAAAGGCAAGGAAGGAAUGUGGCAAGAGUGCCCAACUCGCCGAAGUCGAUGACACAGCCGAGCAGAAGUUCAUCACACGACUCGUUUAUAAUGCUUUUCAAGAAAGGGUGAAAAAAGAUCCAAAUCAGGCAAAUAAGUACGGAGGCAACGCUGCUUGGAUCGGCUUAAUGGACACUGAACAAAAUAGAGAUUUCCGCUGGCAGGACAACCGAAAACUGUCACACCUCAAUUUUUGGCAGCCUGGUGAACCAAAUAAUAAUGACGGUGAUCAAUACUGUGUGGUUAUUAUACCCCCCGACACCAUGGUGGAUGACGAGUUUGACGAAUGGGAUGACACACAUUAUAAACGCUGGGAUGACCUGAGUUGCAGGAACAAGCGAUACUAUCUGUGCAGGAAAAAAAACACAAUGGGGUGAUUCUAAGCACCUCAAGAUGGCUUCUUGGCAGCCCCUGACCAAAAACUAGGACGCCAACAAGCUUGCUGAAGGAGACAGCAUGCUGGCAAACAUGGAUGUUUUGUCAGGAUGACAUUUAAUCCUUAAAAUGACAAAGAACAGCAACGAAGGCCAUGUUAAUCCUGAAAAGGACAAAGAACAGCAAUGAAGGCCAUGUUGAUCCUGAAAAGGACAAAGAACAGCAAGAAGGCCACAAAAUUCUCUGUCCAUAAAUCAAAAUAUUUACAAAGCCCACCAAACAAAAAAUUGCUAUUAAA